UUUUUAAUUUAAGUUAACACAAUAUUUUGCACUGGGUAACAAGCUUUUCGUUGUUGGAAAAUUGGAAAAUUCGAAAAUGUAUGAUAUUUCUUAUGCUCACUGUAUCAUCAAAGCAAAAUCAAUACUUGACGUCACAAAAAAAUGUCCAAUAUUUUAAGUUUCAUAUCAUAUGAAAAUUGUUAAAUCUUGUUGUUCAUUACAAAAUUGAUUCAAAAUAUCUUGCAUAAAUUAAGUUAGAUGCAAAUAUCUGUGUGUAUAAUAAGGUUUUAUUUAUUGAGACUUAGUGUUGAAAAAUAAAAUUUAUUGUGUAUAAAAAUGGAGUGUACCUAGUAAUUGUUAAGGUACACAAGAAUAAAUUCAAGUGAUAAGAAUACCGAAUUACAAUACAUAAAAAAUGAUUAUUAAGUGAAAUCAAAAUUAUUUUGUUGAUGGUAUCUAAAAACUCAUCAUUUAAAAAUAAAAAAAUAAAAAUUAAAUAAGAUUAAAAAUAAAUAGACCAUACAUCGUAUAAAAUAAUUAAGGGACACUAAAAACAGAGAGCUGUUAAAAACAUGACAGACAUGCCGGAUUUGUCACACUUAACUCCCGAGGAGCGGGCAAUUAUAGAAAAUGUUAUGCAGCGACAGAAACAAGAAGAGGAUAGAGAAAAUGAAAUUAUGAGGCGAAAACAAGAUGAAGUAACAUUUUUGGAAGAUACAAUACGACAACAGCAGAGAAGGGCCGGUGCAGACCUUGAAGCUACAUGCCACAUUUGUCUUAAAACUAAAUUCGCUGAUGGCAUUGGACACGUAUGUCAUUAUUGCAAUAUUAGAUGUUGUGCAAGAUGUGGGGGAAAAGUAACUUUACGAAGUAACAAAGUAAUAUGGGUGUGUAUUUUAUGUAGAAAAAAGCAAGAAUUGCUUUCAAAAACAGGUCAGUGGAUUGGUAAACAAUCAAGUCCAGUGUCCUUUUGCAGAGUAGGAUCAGACGGAAAGUCCAUUUUAAGUCCUUUUGAUUCCUCUGACAAACGUCCGAAGCUAGAACGUACAAGAAGUGCCGCUGAAAAAGAAAAUUUACCAUUGCAACAUACAAGCAGUAUGUUAAGACGACAAUAUUCACAACAAGAAACACCUACUUGUAGACGAUUGUCGACAACUGAAAGUAGCGUAGAAGUCAAUCCUUCACAACGAAGGAUGCAACCAAAACUUCCACAGCCUCCAUAUCAUAAUCAUCCACAAAAUGAUUUUAAUCAUCAACAGACUCAUCAUUAUUCAUCAUCGUCACAACAACAUCACUACACCCGUUCGUUACCAUAUUCAGGACAAUCAGGUAGUAUGAGAUACGAAGAUGAUACAGAUCCUAGAUACUAUCAGGGAGAAAUUGAAGGUCUUAUGCGGUCACACCCUCAUCUAGUUCACCCAAUGCAACAAAAAUACACCUCAACACAACCAAAUCAAAUGCAUGAUUUAAUACCAAAAUCAAGACAUCGUCGACACCUUAUCAGUGGUGGUCCUUAUAUGCCACAUCAAAGAUCUUUUAGUAGUUCAGAAGAAGACAUUAGAGAAUAUGAAGUGGGACAUUCGUUACUUUAUGAUAAUCAAGCAUUGGACACUAAUCAUCAGCAAACUGAAUAUCGAUAUCCUCAACAACCUUUAAAUAAUCCUGGAAAACUGGAUGUACAUCAAAGAAACACAUACAAUCGAAAUAUCCAUAAUAGAUAUCAUUCAUUGAAUGAAAGCUCUGUUAUCAGCCAGGUAGGCCAAUCAUCAUCUACUUUAUUACCGCAAGUUGUGGUGUGUGAUGUAACAACUUGUACAACAAAUGCUUCGCCAACUUUGUCAAACGUUGAUAACAAUAAUCAAUACAGUGCAUUGCAUAAUUUACAUAAUCAAAUAAAUCGUUAUGCACAGCCAUCAUCGACGUCUAUAAGCGGUACUGCUAAUGUUGGAGGCGAUUCAGAUUCAUACUGGGAAGAAUCAACAGACAGUAGACGUUUUACGGAACGAAGAAAGAAAACUGUUCGUUUUGAUGGACAAGACUCGGAUGAUUGGACCCGUUGGGAAAAUGAAAGACAAGGUAGUCAAGACUCGGCAACAAAAGAUUCAGGCAUUGACACUAGUAGUACGUUUACAAGCAGUGAAGAUUCAAAUCGUGGCGACGGUCCUAAGCAUCCAGUGAGUUGGCAAGUGUCAUCGGAUGGAGGUCGAAUUAUUGGACACAUGAUUUUACGUAAAAAUUUAGACGGAGAAGAUAUUUUAGGAUUAAAAAUUGUUGGUGGGAAAUCAUUUCCAAAUGGAACACGAGCAGCUAUCGUUGAAAAGGUAAAACGUGGCUCAAUAGCUGAUCAAGAGGGACAUAUAAAAGCAGGUGAUGAAGUGAUAGAGUGGAAUGGUCAAUCACUGCAAAAUAAAAGUGUACAAGAAGUGUACGAUAUUAUCUACGAUAGUAAAACAGAUUCUCAAGUUGAAUUAAUAGUUUCACGUCCCCUAGCAAUACUAAAUCGCAAGAUCGUACAAGAAUCAUGGCGACAGUCACAUUCACCGACACGUGUUCAGACACAACAACGUUGUAGAGAUUCAUAUGAUCGUUCUGAAAAACCAAGUUUGUUAGUAACUUCCCCUGGGUCACCAGAUUGUCAAAUAAAAAGUAAUAGUGCUUCGAUUUGUGGACGGUAUGCGAAUCGUUUAACACCAGGCAGUAUUGCCUCUCAGCAAAGCAAUAUUGGUGGAAGAAUUCAAAUAAAGUUGGGUUUUGAGAUUAGUACUUUGAAUGUCAUAAUAACUAUUAUUUGCGCUGCUGAUUUGACAUAUCGAUCAAAUGGUGACCUGAGAAGUCCUUAUGCUACAGUUUUUUUACUGCCUGAUCGUUCUGAAAAAUCUAAAAGGCGCACGAAAACAAUAGCAAACACAAAUGAUCCUCGAUGGGGCCAAACAUUUCUUUAUUCUGGACUUCGAAGAGUCGAUUUAAAUAGUCGUUUACUUGAGAUAUCCGUAUGGGAUUAUGUGCGUUUUGGUAAAAAUGUUUUUUUGGGUGAAGUAAUAUUAGAAUUGGGAAAUCAUCCACUUGAUGAUGAAGCAGAGUGGUACAUACUUCAACAAUACGAGAUGUCGCAGAACAAUUUAGCACGUCGAGAUGUGGAUUUGUCUCAAUCAAAUGAAAUAGAAAUGAUUUCAACACCGACUGAUCAUUUAUCGCCACCAAGUACGUUAUCCCGAUUUAGUGAUUCAGAUACAACUUCAGAAGUUGACUUUGAUGGUAUAAAUACAGGGCGUGAUGGUGCCAGUAUAUCUUCUAUAGGCAGCUCGACGAGUCCGCCACCAGAGGUGGAUUUGAUUGAACGUCGAUCUAGACGUGACGUGUCUCCACAAGGACAACGAAAAUUAGGUGGUAUGGUUUCAAAAGAUUAUCGAACCGUAUCAGGAGUAGGGCAAUCAUAUUAUAAUCAAUCAUCGACCAACCGACGUAGUGAAACAAUGACACAAGCUCAUCGUAGCCAUUCAGCAACUCCGGGAGACUAUUACCCACGAGGCAGUCGUCGUGGCUCAUUAUCACCUCCAGAUAAUCGUUAUUCUGAAUAUCCAGUUCUUCCAAUUCAACCUCAAACAUCAUCUAAAUCGGCUACAGUUACACCAACUGGUUCUCCAAAGAAAAGGCAAUUGCCACAAGUACCUCAUGUAGCUAGUAGAAGUUCAGCUAUAUUCUUACACGAGUCUGACGACAGAGAAAGCAAUCAGAGAUACAGCAGGCAACGUGCAAGGCAGCAGUUAUCAAAACAACCAACUUAUAGGAGUACUGGAAUGGGGGGUUGGGAACGUCAUUAUUCAGGACUAUCUGAUAGUGAUUUGACCUCUCACACAGAAACAAGCUUACGACCAAGACAUUCCUUAUCUCCCGAUAGAGACUUUCUGGGAGAAUUUGCUGACUCUGAUAUGGAAUCAGUAGUAAGCGUUACCUCAAGUGCUUUUUCAACUCAAUCAGAACGUCCACGUGGCUCCCGCGUUACCAGACGGGUUAUAAAACAUCGGAGUCUUCCUUUGACAAGACCACGUUCAGUUAUACCGACCGAAAAUAAAAACAUUUCAAAAACUCGAAAAAUUUUAUCAGAAAUAGCUUCUGGACAAUUAUCUUUUACACUACCUAAAACACAAUCAAUAUAUUCUAUUUCUGCUUCAAUGAGUGAAAACGACAAUAUUAAUAGUGUUCCAGCGAUGCAAAUCGAUUGUCAAAUACAUAAUAUUUCCGGUGAAAAACAAUUAUUUUUAAGUGAACAAUGUUUAUUUUUAAGAGAAAAGCCUGCAAAUAGAAUUAUGCUACCUGAAAUUAUAAACUCAAACUCUAGUGAUUUAUCUCAUGAAAAUGAUAUAAAAUUCAAUGAAAAUAAACUUAAUAGUGAGACAGAUUUGAUAUGUACAUCAAUACCAAUUGAAAAGGUUUUUACCAAUUUCGAAAAUAUUAUAAUUGAACCAAACGAUUUUGCCACCCUAAGGUCAGCUUUUUCUGAACAAAACCUUUUACAAGACAUGGAAGUACUGACAAAUUUAUUUGGAGAAAAGAAAGUUAAAAGUGAGCGGACAUAUCAACCUAAUAAAUUUUUUUUUUCUGAUGAUAAUAAUAUGACAAAAAAAGACAUUAUAGAUGAUAUUUCAACUUCGAAACAAUAUACUAAGUCACAUUCAACAAUAAACUUACAUGAGCAAAAUGUUAGACGGCGACUUCCAGAUAUUCCUAAAUUUAAAAAACUCCGGCCAGUUACCAUACAUACAAGCUUUGUUCCUAUUGAUUAUGUCGAUAGAUCAACAAAACGGUUAUUUAAACCAUUAGAUAUAGAAAAAAACUCAACAGACAAUCAAAUAAAUAAAUCGGUGCUAAAGGGACUAUCAGCAAAAUGUUUGAAUAGAGAUGAGAUAAAACUGUUUACGAAACGUUCACGUUCAUUACCAGCUAAAAUAAAAACAGCAACUGACGUACUUGAUUCCAAUAGAAUAAAUGAGUAUGAUGCACCAUUUUCUUACAUGAAGAAUCAAUCAGCUACAUGCAAUAUGUUUAAUGAGGAAAUACGGAAUGCUUUGUUAACUCAGACGGAAAUCCGUGAAAAGUAUGGUGAUAGUGAUAAAAGUGAUAUCAAAAAUAUAAAUAAAGUAAAAACAUUGAGGGAAAAAAAACAAAAAAUCGAAGGUAAAAGGCAUUAUGAAAAGUCUAAAAAAUAUAUGAACAUCGAAUAUGCCGAUGAUAAUGUUUUCUUAAAUUGUAAAGAAAACAAUGAACAAAGAAAAAACAAAAAAAUCAACAAUGAUAAUUAUUAUCCAAAACCUAAAUAUAAUAGUGAUUUAUACAUAAAUAAUUUAUUUUGCCAUAAUAGACCUGCAUCAUUACAUGGUGACUCGAUUAUAGAUAAUAAAAAACAUGACUAUAGACGAACUAGUAGUUUAGAUGGACUAAAUAAUUUUACAAAUAAAUUGACACAUAAGACUAGACAUAGUUCUGUUAGUAUUAAUGAUCAUCCUAGUAUUUAUGAAUACAUAAAAUCUCCUUCAUCGCCUCAAAAAACAUGUAUACAUUGUGCUAAUUAUAAACACGCUAACAUUGCUUCUUGUAUUCCCUCUCCUCAAAACGGUAUUGCUUUGUUGUCCACAUCUCCUAAACGUACAUCAUUAAAAAAAUCAAACACGACAUCUUCAAAUUGUGUUGUAAAUUCUGGUGCUAUAAAAAAAACAAAACGUACUAUAAGCAACAGUGAAUAUGAUGAACGAUCUAGAGAUAAAAUAAAAUACAGAGAAGACCAGCAACACCAAAAAGGAUCGGUUCGUCGAAGAACUGAUAGAGAUAGACAGAGAGACUUGGAGCGAAAGCGAGAACAAGAACAGUUAGACGGAACAAUGAGUAGUGAUCAAGAACGAGGAAGCUCACAUCAAAGUACUAUUGAUAGAAGCUUUUCAAAUAAUGAAGGAACGCCUGAUGAUAAAAUAGAUGGCAGCUUAAGUGACACGGCUGUUGGACUUCAAUGCUUAGAUUCAGCAAGACGUCGCCAUGAUCAAAGAUCCCCUAAGACUGCAACACCAACAAGUGAACGAAGCAUAGGUAUAAGUGGAAUGGGUAAAAAGAGUAAUUCAACGUCACAACUCUCAGCAACAGGUCGAAAAAGACGGUUGGGAUUUGGCAAACGUGGCAAAACCUCCUUUACUGUACAACGAAGCGAAGAAGUUCUACCUGGAGAGAUGCGCGGAGGCCUCUCUAGAGGAUCCUCGGCAUCUAGCGAUGGUGAAGGAAGCGAGUUAGGCGACAGAUGGUCACCGUCAUUAAGAAUCACAGAUAGUGGUCAAUUAUCAGAAUUUAUUGACGGGCUUGGACCAGGGCAACUAGUUGGACGACAAGUUUUAGGUGCUCCUGCUUUAGGUGAUAUUCAAUUAUCAAUGUGUCGACAAAAAGGAUUUCUAGAAGUUGAGGUGAUCAGAGCUAGAGGUCUUCAAUCUAGACCUGGCUCGAAAGUUUUACCAGCUCCUUAUGUAAAAGUAUAUUUAGUGCAAGGUAAAAAAUGUGUGGCAAAAGCAAAAACUACAACUGCAAGAAAAACUUUAGAUCCACUUUAUCAGCAGCAAUUAGCCUUUCGAGAACCAUUUGAUGGAUGUGUGCUACAAGUGACUGUUUGGGGUGAUUAUGGACGAAUUGAGGGUAAAAAGGUGUUCAUGGGAGUAGCUCAAAUUAUGUUGGAUGACUUGAAUUUGACGAAUAUAGUAAUAGGAUGGUACAAACUAUUUGGAACAACAUCAUUGGUCAGUGGUACACCAACUAUCAACUUAUCUAGGCGAUCUUCAAUCACAUCAUUUGAAUCACUCAAACUAUUAAAUUAG